AUGGAGCCCCGGGGCACCAAGCGGGGAGCUGGGAAGGUAGAAGGAGCCGAACCGCGGAACAAACCCCCGCGCCCCGCGCCCUCGCUGCCCACGGAGCCCGCCCUCUACUCCGGGCCCUUCCCGUUCUACCGGCGCCCGUCCCAGCUGGGCUGCUUCUCCCUGGACGCGCAGCGCCAGUACCACGGCGAUGCCCAGGCCUUGCGCUACUACAGCCCACCCACCGCUGGUCAGGGCCCCAACUUCGACCUCCGAGAGGGGUACCCCGACCGGUACCAGCCGCGGGACGAGGAGGUGCGAGAGGGCCUGGACCACCUGCUGCGCUGGCUCCUGGAGCACCGCGGCGGACUGGAGGGGGGUCCCGGCUGGCUGGCAGGGGCCAUCGUGACGUGGCGGGGACACCUGACAAAACUGCUGACGACACCGUACGAGCGGCAGGAGGGCUGGCAGCUGGCGGCCUCCAGGUUCCAGGGGACGCUGUACCUGAGUGAGGUGGAGACGCCGGCUGCUCGCGCGCAGAGGCUCGCCCGGCCGCCGCUCCUCCGCGAGCUGAUGUACAUGGGGUACAAGUUCGAGCAGUACAUGUGUGCAGACAAACCUGGAGGCUCCCCCGACCCCUCUGGGGAGGUUAACACCAACGUGGCCUUCUGCUCUGUGCUACGCAGCCGCCUGGGAAGCCACCCUCUGCUCUUCUCGGGGGAGGUGGACUGCACAGACCCCCAGGCCCCAUCCCCGCAGCCCCCCACCUGCUAUGUGGAGCUGAAGACCUCCAAGGAGAUGCACAGCCCUGGCCAAUGGAGGAGCUUCUACAGACACAAGCUCCUGAAAUGGUGGGCUCAGUCAUUCCUCCUGGGAGUCCCCAAUGUUGUCGCUGGCUUCCGCAACCCGGAGGGCUUCGUCUGUUCCCUCAAGACCUUUCCCACCAUGCAGAUGUUUGAGCACGUCAGGAAUGACCGUGACGGCUGGAGCCCUUCCGUGUGCAUGAACUUCUGUGCCGCCUUCCUCAGCUUUGCCCAGAACACAGUCGUGCAGGACGACCCCAGGCUUGUCCACCUCUUCUCCUGGGAGCCUGGCGGCCCAGUCACCGUGUCUGUACAUCGGGACACACCCCAUGUCUUCCUGCCCACAUGGUACGUGGAAGCCAUGACUCAGGAGCUCCCGUCGCCCCCCAAGACACCGUCCCCUAAGGACCUAUACUUCAGGGGGGCUGGUCCUGUCUCUGUGCAGUUAAAGGCAGAUUUCUAGGUGGUUCUCCCUGCUGUGUCUUUGAGCUGUCACCCUGCCCAGCACCUCAGUACACACAGGCGGUUUGCUGUUUUAUUAUUCCCCAUGGGGCCAUUCACUGCGUGUAGAGGCUAGCUGCAAAGACGAUGUCCCUCCGCAGCAGGGUAGCUGCCGUCUCCAUCUUGGCACCCAGCACAGGCUCGCCGACCAGGCGGGCCGCCCCUCGCAGUGAGCGACACAUCUCGGCCAGGCGCUGGAUGCAGCGGACCACCAGGCCCUCGGGCGUCCCCGAGAGCCCUGCCAACUCCGAGAAGGGCUGUGGGGGAAGCCGGGUGGGGACUAAAUUUGAUAGACCUGGGCAGGCUCUCCCCAACCUUCUGCAAAACCCCAAAUCCAGUUACUCACCAUGCCCCGGGCCCACUCGUACACAACCCCGACCAGCCCGAAAUUCAGCUCCCCUACAAAUUCUUCCACUGUCUGGUUCAGGCCACAGGCCACCUGGACCUCACCAAUCCGCUUGGCCACCGCGCGGACACGUUCCACUCCCUGCAGGUGGGGAAGGACAGGUUAAGACCCCCUUCCUGCUCCAGGACUAGGGAGGCUCAGAUCAAGGAAGAAGCCAUUCCAGCUCUUCGGGGCACGUACAGGGUUGGAGAGGUCACGGGGGACCCUGGGGGUGGGGCCUGGGAAUGCUGCAGCCUGGGGAGGGGGGGCCCAAUACCUGUUUGAGGGUACUUGGGAGCUGCUCCCCAGUGUCCCCGGGGCUCUGGCAGACCAGGCCGGAGAGCAGGGCUGCUAUCUCCUCCGGCCGCAGGGCACUCAGAGCGUUGUCGAACAUGAGCUCGGUGAGGAGCAGCUCAUGGCUGCUCAUGGCACAAGCCACGCGCCCCGCCAGCUUCACCGUGCCCGCCUCGUCUACAUAGCCCAGAGUUCGGAGCACCUGGACGGAAGAUGGCGGGUGUCGGGAGCCUGCUGUUCUCCCUCACUAGCCCCCCACACUGCUCUCACCUCUACUCGCUGGUGGUACUCGGGGAGCAGCAGCAGCGACUGGUCUGACAGCAGGAAGCGCAGCCGCUCUAUCUCCUUCUGUAGCUGCCUUCGCUCCUGCAGCUUCAGGUACUGUGGAGAGCCACAGCAGGGCGGGUCAGCUCUCCCUCGCCCUCCACGGGGCUUGAGGACCAGGGCUGACAUGGGGGUGGGCAGCCUACAGGGGACCAGAGAGAAAAGGCUUAAAGCUGGCAUCCAGGGCCCUACCUGGGCAGGGAAACGGGGGCUGUGCACGCACUGAGCCCCCCGGAUCAACUCCUCUAGCUUCCGGGCCCGGAGUCCUCCCUCAACCACUGACACAUCCUUAAGCUGCAAGUCGUUGACAGGGUCAAGGGUAGGGGGUCCUGUCGGGUGGGCCUGAGCCAGGCGCAGCAAUUCCUGGGCAGCAGUGGUCACAGCAGCGAGGGGAGGGUCCUUCCUGAGGAAGGAGCAGGUCCUGAGAUGGGCUGCGGGCCUCCCAGCCCUGCCUCCCACUCCCCCCACGUGGUCCCUCCCCGGGAAAGGGGCCUCCCCAGCAUCGGACUUGAAUUUCAGCUGCUGCCUCCUGCUGAAGUCUUCCAAGAUCUUCUCCCCGUUCACCCGGAGCACUUUGGUGGUGAUGGCAGCCACGUCUCCGGGCUGGAGCUUGGCCACAGUGUGGUCACAGGGCCCUGUGAAAAGGGACGAGCAGGGUCAGACCUCGCCCCGAACCCAGGUGCCCUGCCUUCACUGCCCUUAGGGACCUGGGCAUCUGCCCCUCUCACCUUCAGGCAGGAACAGUUUGAAUCCCACCAGGUCCUCUGGGUAGGGCACACCUGGGGAGGCCGAGCGCCUCUCCUGUGGGUCCUCAGACACGGGUUUAUCACACAAGACCAGAGUGGUGAAUGCCCUGCUGGUGGAGUUCGAGGAGACCUAGGGGCGGGGAGGCCGGGACAGGGAAUGAGAGGAGUGGACAAGGUCGAGAGCAGGUCCCACCUCAGGCAGGGAUCCCGGAGCAGCCGCACAGAGCCCACCAAUGCAGACCACGUCAAGCAGGCGGGUUGGGGAGCGGGGGAGGGCAGAGGGCACGAAGUGGUGGUGAUGGGAGGAGAGGAAGGCAAGAGGGAAGAUGAGGGCACUGCCGAGUGUAACCUGCUCCUCCCUCGGGCCCAGAUCCCCGGCAUCACCUGCAGGAUCACACCCAGUGCGUUGUGAUGCUCCUGAGUCUUCACAACCACCACCCUCCCGGCCGAGAGGGACUUCAGCCCGUUGACAGACUCCAUGACACGUCGCUGAGGAGCGGGGAUGUGCACACGGAUGAAGGAGGCAGUCAGGGAUGCAGGGACCAGUUCCCGGGCGCCCAGAGUGCCGCCCUGUCUUCCCCUCCUCCGUCUGCCCGCACCCCCGCUGACCUGGAUCAAGCUGCGGGUCUCUGUCAGCUCCUCUCCCCAGCUGUAAUACUCGGGCAGGUCCACCAGUUGGCCAGUCAGGUCAGGCUCCUCCAAGGCCCCCAGCUUCUUGGUUAAUUCAGCCAGAGCCUGUUCUUGGGCCUGGGCAGAAGCAAGGGCAGGUGUGAAAUGAGUCUCCAGGCUCAGUCGGCUACAUCCCCGCCUGCAGCCCGCUGGCCUCCGCAUGCCCACCUAUCCCCAGCCUGGCUUCCCUCGUCCAAUGUCUAGGCCAGGGUGCUGGUCACCCGACCCCUCACCUUGCUGUCCUUGCGGGACGGAAACUCGGAGAAGCUCCUCUUCAUCAUGUCCUCCACCCUGAGGGCGUCCACCCGCAGCAGGUUGAGGAUCAUGGUGUACGUGAGGCGGAACUGAGACUGCAGCUGCGAUGGUUUACCCUGCAGGGGGCGGGGAGAACAGGCUGGGCCCGCUGCUCCCCAGCCAUCCCUCUGCGGACCACCCUAGACAAGCUGCCCACUCACCGCUUCUGCCAAAUAAGGGAGCAGCACUGAUGGAGUCACAGGGCCCUGCUAGCGCCGCACUCAGUGCGGGAUAGAGCGAGACCAGGUCUCGCCCUGGGAUCUGCUCGCUCCCACGGGGCUUCCCGGGCAGAGGAAAUAGACAGAAAGGAGAGGGCAAGGGCCGGAGAGGCAGCCGCGGGCGGGCUGGGCCUGUGCCUCACCGUCAUCAUGCGGUGCAGGUCCACCAUCUCGGGCACGCGGCCCUUGCAGAGCAGGAUGACGGUGCCCGUGGGGUCCAGGCCCCUGCGGCCCGCGCGGCCCGCCAUCUGCACGUACUCCCCGGGGAGCAGGUCCCGGAAGGCGUUGCCGUCGUGCUUUCGCAUGGAGUCAAACACCACCGUUCGGGCCGGCAUGUUGACACCCAUGGCAAAGGUCUCUGUGGCGAACAAGACCUGGGACACGGGAAGAAAGAUCAGCACAGGCCACGCAGCCACCCCCCGCCUCACUAGCAAGGCCAUGUAGGCAGCUGGCGUGGUCCAGGUGGUUAACUCAGGAGCCCACUCCACUCAGGGCAAAUGGAUAGAGCGGGGACGACCACUUCCCUCAUUCAUUUACUUGGCUAUUCCUUUCUUGGUGCCCCCACAUCCCACCCCCCACUGUCAGUCAUCCGAUGUCUAAUGAGUAUCGUUUUGUGUGAAUGUGUUCUUAUACGUUGUCUUAUGUGCAUGUAAUUUGCAAUUCACAUUGAAAGCAGUUGUGUAUCUCCUGCGUCCUUACUUCUUUUCCUCCACAUGGUGUUUUCAGCACCCACUUUCCCUGUGGUUAUACCUAACCCCUCGCUUCCAACUGCGGCAGGACAGCGGGGAGCAUCCCUCCGGUUACCCGGCUGCUCUCCCCAGGGGGCAGGGACCGAUCCCUGCCAGACUAGCCAACAAAGAAAGAGCAGACCUGUUUCCCCCUGGCCCGGGUGAGGACUUCCUGUGGCUUAUAUUCAGGAAUGGAAUUGGGUCAGAGUAUGUUAUACCUGCUCUGGCCUAAGGAAAGCCAGGUACGCUCCGGACUGGCCGCCCUGUGCGAAGGGUCCUAGAGGCCUAUGCAGGCAGACCUCGCUCGGUUGCAAUUCGCAGAUACUGCGCGGCCAUCACCAUGGGGGCAAGACCCUCCAGCGAAAAGGUUACAAUUCACUGAAGGCUCAGAAGAUGGGGAGCAUUUGUAGCACUAUUCUCUAAAGUACGCACGUUGUUUUUAGACAUAACGCUUUGUACACUUAACAGAGUUCAGUAUGGUGUCGGCAUAACUUUUAAGUGCACCGAGAAGCCAAAAAACCCGUGUGACUCGCCAUAAUGCGACACUACGGCGGCCUGGGACCCAGCCCGCAAUGUGCCCGAGGUCUGCCUGCGGCUGUGGCAGCUUUUGGCACUAGCCAGUUCCCUAAGUUUCACCAUCUAAUCACUGAACUCUUAUCUCGUGAGUUUCAAUCUGCAUUUUUCUGAUGACAGCGUCUAUGCUUGCUAGCUUUUGGGGUUUCUCUUCCGAACGCAUCCCCGUUUAAGAUGAGGACCCUAAGGUCCGGGAGAUGAGGAAGCUGCCGCAGGGCCGCAGGGAGGGGCGGUGUGCACCUUGACCAGGCCGCGGCUGAAGAGCAUCUCCACAAUUUCCUUGAGAAUGGGCAGGAUGCCGCUGUGGUGCACGCCCAGGCCUCGGUGCAGGAGCUCCGACAUGUGCAGCACCUGCGGGGACCGAGACCGUGGUCAGGGAGGGGCGUCGAGCACCCAGCCCACCGGCCUCCGAGCCCAGGGCCCUCACACCUGGGGCAGCUGCCGGUCAGAGCCGCGGAGGCGAGCAAGGCAGCGCUGCAGGAAGAGGUGAAUCUCGCUCUUCUCUGAGCUCGUGGUGAGGUCCAGGGAGGUGAGGCCCGAAGCCUGCUCGUCACAGCGGCCCCGGGAGAAGGUGAACACCACCACGGGCAGCUGCGCACGGGUGCGGAGGGAGGCCAGGAGGGACAGGUACACACCGCGGUCCUGGGGAAGGGGGUGCAAAGGCACAGGUGGAGUCACCGGUGGGGGGAGAGAAGGAAGUGUCAGCGGGGGCAGCGCUCACAGCGCAAGUCCGAUGCCCCGGGGGACGAAGGAAGAGGCAGGUGGUGAAAGGUCUGGAGCCUGCUGGUCCUCACCUGUGCAGGCCCCCCCUGAUGCGUGGGCUGCUUGGCCCCAAAGGUCUGGGCGUGUUUGCUCAUCCUCUCCUUCUUGGCCUCCACUGCUGCAUAGUACCUGGGUGUGCGGAGGACGGCCAUCAGUCCCGCCCGCAGGGCCCAGCGCUGACCGCCCCCCCCCCCACUUACCCCUUUGUGUGGAAGGUGCCUCGCGAGUCCAGCAACAGGAAGAGCUCCCCCUGGGUCUUGGGGCUGUUCCCCGUGAAGAGAUAAUGCUCCAGCGGCACGGGGCGGGCGGCAGUGCUGACCACGUAGAUCUGGCGGCGCUUCAGUCGUCUGAGCGGGAAGGAAACAGGUCGGGUGGGGGGUGGGAAGGAGCAGCCCACAUCCCCACCCACUUUCCGCCUCUGGCCUCCCCCAGUCUUUUCUGGGAGCUGGACUGGGAGGCUGUCCCCGUCAUCGUAUCUCUCAACAUUCAAAGUGGUCUGGGCCCAAGUGGGCCAUGUUCCCCAGACCCACCCCAGCCCCCUCUCCCGCCACGGUCUGGCCACGCUCCCUGCUGUGGCAGUCCUCGCCCCCACCCCCAACCAAGGGAGGACCACAGCCCCUUCGCCCAGCACCCGGGACACACAUCUCACCCAAUCCAGUCAGCAAACUCAAGGGCGUUGGGGACAGUGGCACUCAGAAGGAUGAUGGAGACAUGGUCAGGGAGCAUGAUGAGCACCUCCUCCCACACGACCCCGCGCUGGGCAGAAAGGGAAGACAAGUCACGGGCAGCUCAGAGGGGCUGUCCUGCUCCUCCGCUUCCACUGGAGGGCAAAGGCAGAGAGGUUGCAGGGUGUGUGGCGGGGGCUGCUGAGCUGGCCCCACAGGAAAGAACUGCUGGUCUGGGCCCCACGGGCCUCCUGCUCCUUACCUCCGCGUCGUUGAUGUAGUGAACCUCAUCGAAGAUGACCCACUCCAGGUCCCGGAUGACGUCUGAGCCGCUGUACAGCAUGGAGCUGGGGGAGACCGCAGGCUGACUCCCCAGUGGCUCCUGUCUCUACCAACCCAGCCAACAGCUCCAGAGCAGCCUCGCCUUCCUGAGCCAAACCCACCCGUGCUGAGUGCCCAUCUCUCACCGAAGGAUCUCUGUCGUCAUGAUGAGGCAGGAGGCCUCUGGGUGCAGCUGGACGUCCCCCGUAAGCAGCCCCACGUCCCCGAAUGUGUUUCGGAAGUCUCGGAACUUCUGGUUACUCAGAGCCUUGAUAGGGGAAGUGUAGAUGGUGCUGGAAGAGGGUGAGGUUCGCCAGUCACUCCACACAGACUGCCGUCAGCACCUCGCCCACCCUGAGCCCUCCCAGCAGCAUGCCGCAGCGCUCAGGCGCCCCCCUUUCUUCACCCAAACAGCCCUCAUUCUCCUUCAUGACGUGAUCCCAGAAAAAUUCUGUCCCUCGACCCCUUCCUGAACUAAAUGCAUGCAGGUCAUGCUUCUAAACUCUCUCCCCACACCUUCUCGUUUCCUCCCAGGCCCGUCUCCAUUCCUCCCCCAACUCUCCCAUCUAAAAGAUGAAGUAAAGCCAGGCUGGCGUGGCCCAGUGGUUGAGCACUGACCUGUGAACCAGGAGGUCAUGUUUUGAUUCCCAGUCGGGCACAUGCCCGGGUUGCAGGCUCAACCCCAGGGUGGAGCAUGUAGGAAGCAGCUGAUCAAUGAUUCUCUCUCAUCACUGAUGUUCCUAUCUCUCUCUCUCUCUCUCUCUCUCUCUCUCUCUCUCUCUCUCUCUCUCCCCUUUCCUCUCAGAAACCAAUAAAAAUGUGUUUUUAAAUAAUGAAUAAAAGAUGAAGUAAGGACAUGGGAAGAGAGGAGCUUUAGAAAGGACGCGGGAGAAAGCAGGGAUGGCUGAGGAAGGGAAGGUGGUACCGCGUCAUGUGCUUCUGGGCAAGGGCAAUGGCGUAUUCGGCCACAACCGUCUUCCCUGCAGAUGUGUGAGCCGCCACAAACACCGAGUCGUGCCGUUCCAGGUGCAGGAUGGCCUGUUUCUGGAACACAUCAGGCUCAAAUGGCCACUGUGGGGGAGAGAACUAGAUGAGGGCUAAGGAAGGGGGAGGGGCCUUCCUACCUCUGGCUCCUGGGGCACGCAGGGCAGAAGGCCAGAGUGAGCGAGGCUGGGACUGAGGUCCAAGACCGGCCCGGAAGGCGUCUGGCCUCUGGCGAGGAGAGCGGACAAGGCAGGGGCGGGGAGGGGGCGGGGAGACGUGAGGCCUGGGCCACACUACCUGGAAGGCUGGCUGGGGAACGAGGCGGUAGAAGUCACCAACGGGGGAGGUGACAUCCACAGGAAUGGCCCACUGCUCCUGAGGGAGGGGCUUGGGGGGCUCUGAAGGGGACACAACUGUGGACGCUUCCUGGAAAAGUAAGGGGUGGGAGCGAUAAAGAUACAGCCAGAAAGCUCCCCAUGACCACUCCUCCCAAAAGAUGCUCCAGUCCCUCCCUCCCUUAGAUCCAAGCCAGCCAGCCCACCUCCCGGGGCCAAGGCCCCCUUCUUUCCCGCUUCAACCGCCCAGAAGCACCCACCUUCAACACUAGGUCCUCCAAGCUGCUUGCUCUGGCCACGGGAGCACUGCAGGGAGAGGCUGGAACAGUGUCUCCUCUGGUACCUCCUGGCUGUCCCACUGCCUCCCUCUCGUCUUCGUCGCCCCCACCCAGAUCCAGGGGCUCUAGCAGACGGCUGAGGCUGAGCAACCCAGGCGCUGGAGCUGGGUGAUCUGAGGAGCCAGGCAAAAAGGGAGACCCAGUCCGUCCAUCUCCGUUCUACAGGAGAAGGGCACCACUUCUACACGCCCAUCCCAGAACUCACCCUUUGGUGCAAAGUCCACACCUCUCUUGAAGCCAGGUGGAACGGUAAGGAGGUCUGCAGGGCAGGGACAGAGCGCGUCAGGACCACUGCGCACUCCCGAGCAAGUCACACGUCACACAGACUAAAGAAUGCCAUGCACAGCACGGGCGUUGUAGCGGGGGACAGCUGUAAUAGUUUUCCAACACGUGACCGUAACAUUUGUUACGGAAGGGGGACCUUUUCCUAACUUGAUCAAAGGCACGGAAGGGCUAGCAGCAGCCCAGUGCUAGGCCUGGGCCCCUUGUCCUCAGGGCCCGGACUUGGAGCCCUGCCUCCCAAGGGUGCAGCCUGGCACCACCUCACCUUUCUCAAAGUCUAUCUCCUCCUCAGCCUCCUCCCGGGUGCUCAGCUCUGUGAGGGUGGGCUCAUCCAUUCCACCUGGGGAGAGGUUGGACACGAGGAGUCAUGAGGGGGGAUAUGGGAACCCUUCCCUGGAGACUGAGGGCUCCCUCCCCUUCAAUCUCAUUCCCACAACAGUUACCUGGCCAGAAAGGGUACUGUGUUGGAUUCCCCCACAAGGACUGGGAGAUGGGCCCUGGUGGCCGGCGAAGAGAUAAGGAGGUGGUGGCCGACAGGUCUGUAUUCUCCAGCAGGACCUGAGGUGCGCGAGCAGAGCCGAGGCUGAGCUUGCCUCCGACCCGCCUUCCCCAGCCCCGCUGCUCGUGGCCCCUGAGCCCUUACCUCCUUGAAGCCCAGUAUCUGGCCCGUGGUUGGCUGUCUCUGGGCUUGCAGGUCGGAGGGGACUGGGGCCCCCAGGACAGUAAGGAGAGACCAAGGAUCCAUCUUCCUCUGCCACUUUCUAGAGAGAGAAGUAGCUUUCAAGUCUUCUUUCUCCUCUGUCUCAGCUCCCUCCAUGGGCCCACCUCCCUCGGCCAGGCCCCUCCGACGCCCACCGAGCUGAGUGCUCCAGGCCAUGCAGAGGCAGCCAGGCUGGCGACGACAGGAACCGCUGCUCGGCUUCGUGCUGCAGAUCUGGGGCACAGGGAGGGAGGCCGUGGGGAAGCUGGGGCCAGGCGAGAUGAGAGACAGGGAUGGGACUGGUGUUAGAGCAGAAACGGCAGAUGACCCAGACAGACUAGGACCAUCAAAGUGAAGCCAUGUUUCCCAAAGGCUGUGACACUUUCAGGGACAAAGGGCCUGCUGGUUAAUAGUACAGAUUUCAGAAGCUGGGGCUGGACCCAGGAAUCUGUGUUCUUUAAAAGCUGCCCCCCUGAUUAUGAGGCACCUGAAACUUGAGAAUCACCAGCUUUAGGGAAAAGGGCCCAGACCGAAAGAUGAAGCGUGGGCUGGCAUCUCAGCCACCAAGUGCUUGGAGACAGAAGGGCCUGCACGAGGACAGACACACUGGAAAGCGCAGUUGGGGAGCUAAGACACCCCCGGAGCGCCCCGCUGGUCCUCGAGGGGCCCCCACCCGGAGCAGCACUAGGCUGGAGUCUGCCCUGCACCAGGCCGGCCCGAUGGCAGGCGUCGACAGAAAAGCGGGUCAUGCUCGUCCUACUGUGAGGAAAGGGUUUUGAGCCCAGUGCGGGUCAAGGGUUAGGGUCAUAAGUCACUCACCGUGCUCUCCGGAGCCCCCGGCACAUUCCGCAGCGCCCAGCGCCCAGUGCAUCCCAGCUCCACAGCCCGAAGAGGCAGGUCCAGGGGGUCCGGGGGAGGCAGCACUACGGGAGGAAGAUCAGAGGUCAGGGGUCAAGGGUAGAUUCCUGUCUACUCCUUCGUUCCACCCCCGCCCGCUCACCGAGUCGCUCCGUCUCCAUCAUCUGGGAGCCACAGCAGCUGCCCCGCAGCCGGAAGUGCAGCGAGGAGCGGCGGUAAGCCCCGCCCCCGAGAGGGCGGAAGUGAAGGCGACUUCCGCCACCCACCGGCCGAGUGCCUGCGAGGGGCCGCCGGCUCCGGCUCCGGGAAGGCCGGGCGGAAGUGCCUGCGAGGCGGCUGCCGUGGGUGCCGCGCUCCCGCCCCUCGUACGUCAUCGCUCCGAGCCGGCGACCGUGCCCGCGGGCCGCCGCCCGAGACCGCGGCUGGGCUGACGCGCCACAGGAGCCACCAUGUUGGUGAUACCCCCCGGACUGAGCGAGGAGGAGGAGGCUCUGCAGAAGAAAUUCAACAAACUGAAGAAAAAG